GAAAUAGAAGAUAUAGAAAGAAGAAGGAGAAAAUUGCAAAUAUAUCACAAAUACAUGUGAGCCAUACGUAACUGAAAAGAUUUUUUCUCCUUGCUCUUAUCCGCCACGCGUCUGGAGAUUCCAAUAAGCGAAUCCUUGUGAUUGGGAUAAUAAAAACAUGGAUACGAAAUUAAAAAUAAAAUAAAUUAAAAAAGGAAGAUAUAUUAACGAGGUUUCUGGGAAGCAAAGGCCCUCAGGAGCUUCCGCCUUACUCAGAGUGUGGAGAAACAAGAAAAGGGGAAAAAAUGGACUAUAUGAAUGGACCAGGGAGACACCAUCUUUUCGUACCAGGACCAGUGAACAUACCGGAACAGGUGAUCCGGGCGAUGAACAGAAACAACGAGGAUUACCGUUCACCAGCCAUCCCCGCGCUUACAAAAACGUUGCUGGAGGACGUGAAGAAGAUAUUCAAGACAACAUCUGGGACACCGUUUAUGUUUCCGACUACUGGUACUGGUGCUUGGGAGAGUGCCUUGACCAACACGCUAUCUCCUGGAGAUAGGAUCGUCUCGUUUCUGAUAGGGCAAUUUAGCUUGCUGUGGAUUGACCAGCAGAAGAGGCUAAAUUUCAACGUUGAUGUGGUGGAGAGUGAUUGGGGACAAGGUGCUAAUCUCCAAGUCUUGGCCUCAAAGCUCUCACAGGACCAAAAUCAUUCCAUCAAAGCCAUUUGCAUUGUCCACAACGAGACCGCGACUGGAGUCACUAAUGACAUCUCUGCUGUCCGAACCCUCCUCGAUCACUACAAGCACCCGGCUUUGCUGCUUGUGGACGGUGUCUCGUCCAUAUGUGCGCUUGAUUUCCGAAUGGAUGAGUGGGGAGUGGAUGUGGCCUUGACCGGAUCUCAGAAGGCUUUAUCUCUUCCAACAGGACUUGGUAUUGUGUGCGCCAGUCCAAAAGCUUUGGAAGCUACCAAAACCUCAAAAUCCCUCAAAGUCUUCUUUGAUUGGAAUGACUACCUCAAGUUUUACAAGCUCGGUACAUAUUGGCCAUACACACCUUCCAUUCAACUCCUUUACGGUCUUAGAGCUGCUCUUGAUCUUAUCUUUGAAGAAGGACUUGAUAAUGUCAUCGCCCGUCAUGCCCGUUUGGGAAAGGCCACAAGGCUCGCGGUGGAAGCGUGGGGGCUGAAAAACUGUACACAGAAGGAGGAGUGGAUAAGUAACACAGUGACAGCGGUCAUGGUGCCGCCAAAUAUAGACAGUACUGAGAUUGUGAAAAGGGCGUGGAAGAGGUACAACCUUAGUCUUGGUCUUGGUCUCAACAAAGUGGCUGGCAAGGUUUUCAGAAUUGGGCACCUUGGACAUCUUAAUGAGUUGCAACUUCUUGGGUGUUUGGCUGGAGUGGAGAUGAUACUCAAGGAUGUUGGCUACCCAGUUGUAUUGGGAAGUGGAGUUGCCGCUGCUUCUACUUAUCUUCAGCACCAGAUCCCUCUCAUUCCUUCCCGGAUCUAAUCCAUAUCCCUAUUUCUCCAUCUUUCUCUCCAGCCCCUUUCAAUGUAUAACAAAACUAUUUGUUUUCUCUUUUCUCAGUUUCUUUAUUUACUAAAACAAUAUCUAUUUUAUGUGCAAUUAUUCACAAAAAAAAACUUAUCAAACACAAGGUCAGAUUUAUUUUUAUU